ACUCGUUUUGCUUUUGUCCAUUCCAAAGCGCUAGAAUGGGAGAAAAUGGAGAGAACACUUGUGAAGUGGAACAAGCACCAAGUUUGAAGCCAAGAUUGGAACACAACGAAGAGAUGGGUAUGAAAAUCCAAAGGGAGGAGGAGGCCUAUAGAUUGUUUGCAGGAUAUGAAGAGAAGCCAACAAAAACUGAAGUAUUUGGUUGGUAUUUCUAUGGGAUGUGCUCUUAUUUCAUUCACACAGUUCUGAUUCCCAUUGUUUUUCCUCUCAUUCUGAGCCAAACUGUGUCCUGGCCAUCACAGCCUCAACAUCGUCUUGUUAAGAAUUCCAGGGGUCUCGAGUGUAGACAAAGGGAGUUACAACUGUAUAAAAUGUUAACAAAUCAUAAAAUGAAGCUCUUGAGUGUUGAAUUUUCAGCACUGGAGUGGACUUCAGUUUCUUGGCUAAUAGGCCUAAUUCUGGCCGCACCAAUUCUUGGUAUUCUUUCCAUCCACCUAGACUAUGGCAGGAAACAACAGUUCAUUUCUGCUGCAGUAACCGCCGUUGGUGCUGUCUUCUGCCUUCCUGCUGGAUUUUUCAAGACUAGAUGGAUCUUUCCACCUUAUAUCGCUGCUGUUGUUGCAGCCAACACUAUAGCUGGAGCUUGCCACGCCCGUCACCUAGGCCUAAUGGUUCGUGGACUUGUUGGCUCACCUAUCCGAAAGAGCCAAUUUCCGGAUAGAAGAGCUGUGGCUAGUUGGCUAUCUCUUCAUUCUACUGCUGCUGGCUGCUUAGGAGCUGGCAUAAUCUCUGCUUUUACUUAUCAUAUGCUCGGGAAAUCUGAUGAUAGCUUCACUAGCUUGUGGGUUGUUGCAAUUUUUAGUGGUCUAAUAUGGUUUAUUGGAAUUGUUCAUAUUAUAAGCACGAAUAGACCAGGCCCUAAUGCAGAUAUUCCCUCAAAUUCUGUUCCGAAAACUCAUGUUAUUUCCAUUUUCGAGUACCCUCAUGCAGCUGGAAGCCUUGCUGGAGUGUUUCUUUCAUCUUUCACAACAAUGUGCAUUUUCACAGGAGGGAUACUUUAUUCAAUUGGAGACCUAUGCAUUACACCAGUGAACAUUUUAUACAUUUGGCUGACCUAUUUCAUAUUCCCAUUGAUUUCUCUUCCAUUGGCUCAUCCAUUGCAGUUAGUUAUGAGGGCAGAUGCUGUGAAAAUGCAGCUUCUUGGUUUCAUAUUAUCAGCAGUUGUAUCGGGAUUCGGAUUCUAUUAUCACCAUCAGAAUUGGAAUAAGGUUCAUAUACUUGUUUUGGCUGCAGUUCAGAGUACAGCAACAGGGAUUUUGCAUGCAUUUGGAAGAGUGCUUUGGUUGGAUUGCUCACCAGCAGGAAAAGAAGGUGCUUUCUCAGUUUGGUUCUCAUGGACAAGAGCUUUAGGUACUUGUGCUGGUUUUGCACUUGCAUCAGUUUUCCCUGGACAAAUCAGCAAGUUAUUUGGGAUAGCAUUUUGUGCUGCAAUUCUUGGGAAAAUUAUCCUCAUAUUUGGGAAUAUCAGUAACUUUGCAGGAGCUAAAGCUGCUGGACAUGUGAAAGAGCAUAGUGAAAAAGGUUCACCAAUGACUGCCUUGGGUAGUGGUGCUGAAAUGAAGGUACCUUUGUCCACAGAAGCCCAAGAAGAAGUGAGAGUUCAGCUCUAGUUGCUUUUUCCUUCUUUGUCCUUUUUUUGCAAAAUUUUCUGUUGGAUUAUUUUAAAAUAAGAUUCUUGCCAUCUUGUGCAUGUACCUAGUAAACUUUUCUAUGUAUCAUGGAUUUUGCUUUGAAAUCUUCAUUCUUUUCUUGUGAACAUAGAGAAAAUUCAU